AUGUUUACAGGACCGACUCUCAAACUAAAUAGUGGUCAUGAAAUUCCUCAGCUAGCCUUCGGAACAUUUGAUGCUCCGAAAGGGGUUGUGGUCAAUUCCAUAAAAACGGCUUUUCGUGCUGGAUACCGUCAUAUUGACUGCGCAGAGUUUUACGGCAACGAGAAAGAAAUAGGUCAAGGCAUCGCAGAAUUGAUGAAGGAGUAA